AUGUUGGUUCUAGCAUUGUGUCUGGGACUUUUUAGUACCUUCACUGUUUUAGUAGUCAGGUUUUUUUAUUUGAAAGUCCAGUGUUGGUUUUGUGGGCAUACUGCCUUCACAUCAUGGAGUAGAAAAACAUCGUUUGUUUGUCAACAAUGUGGUCAGUAUAAUGGGUUUAAAAGUGAUGGUGAUUACAACAAAGUUAUACCAUCUCAGUUCAUUGCCGAGUUAAAUCCAGUUAAUUUCAAUAAGGCUCACGGUACGUUUUCAUCACAUUCUGAUGUAUUGUGCCCGGACUGUACACGUAAUCAAAAUACUAUUGUCCAAAAGUUGUCGGAGUAUACCCCGAAAAACGACAAGUCGGAUGAGGAAAUAAAAGAAUACACUCGCCUGCUGGAGUUGGAAUAUGGUUUGUGUUCAAGUUGCUAUCGAAAAGUUAAUAAUAAACUUAGGCAGUUAGAUUGUAAAUUAUUACCAAGUUUCAUUGAAUGGUGGCAUAAUAAACAACGAACCAUUUGUCUAACUAAAAAUUCUAUUUCAUUAAAAACUUAUCGUAAAACUAUUGCAUGGUUUGAAUUAUUAAUUGUUUUACGUAUUAUUAGUAUCUUAUGUUUGAUAUCCAUUAUUACUGGUCCACUUCUAAUUGAAAUCAGUAGACAAACAUGCCUUAUUCAUAUAACAACAAAUAAGUCUUAUUUAUAUAAAUUUGUUGAAUUAGUUUGGUCUAAUCAUUGUCGAUCUUAUUCACGAAGAUAUUGUACUGAAAUAUUGACUUAUUCACAACAUUUCUCUCUUUCUAAUAUUGGUCAAUUAUGGUUUAAUUUAUUAAUGUUUUGUUUACAAAUAACACUUGUUGCUAUGACUAGUUUAAGGCAUGGUAACAAACAUUAUUCAAUGUAUUAUGAUGGUAUAAAAUCAUUAGUCUUAUUGUAUGAUAUUUCAAUGCUUUUAAUUUCAUUGAAUAUUCUCUUAUCAUCUUCUUCAGUAAAUAUUGAUAGUUUUAAUUUAAUGAAUAGUAUGACAUGGUCUACUACUUCAUUUACUCAUAUUACACUAUUAGGUGUAUUUGUUUUGUUUACUUCAUUCAUUAUUAUUAUUUAUGGAAUUAGAAUAUGGUUAUCAUUCUUUCUUAAAGAUUGUAUGUCACAACAGAAAAAACUAAAAAGUACUUGGCCUAGUGAUGUUAAAUUACCAUGUUUUCAAUCAACCGAUAGUAUAAGUUAUUAUUCAACACCAAGUCAUUAUUCUACAAAUUGUACAAUGAACUCUUUAAAUUCAAGUAGAAAAUCACUUGAAGAUGAAUUGGCUGAUACAAAAUUAUGUUCAACAAAUAAAUAUGAUAAUAUAUUUCGACCGUCUGUUCUAAGUGGUGGCAGCGGUGGUGGUGGUGGUGGUUGUGGUGCUGGUAGUAAUAAUAUUUCCCCUAG